UUUCCCAGUUAUUAUCCACAAUCUCUAAUUGAAUCGUAGGUAUGGUUGAACUUCACGAUCGUCACACGGCUACAAAUUUGAAAGACGAGGUUUAUCAAAAGUUGACGGAAUUGAACAUCGACAUCAACCAAGUAUACAGCGUCACUGUAGAUAAUGGACGCAACAUGGUGAAAAUGGUACAUUUGAUGGAGAAGGACACUACAGAAGACAUCGAACAGUAUCUCGAUUGUAGUGUAGACGGCAGCAUGCAGAAAACGGACGAAGAAACGCCUAAUGGUGUAGAUGGCCUCGAAGAUUACGAUGACACCAUGGAAGGGUUCUUGAAUGAUUUGAAUGACCUCAUUUGUGGACAUCAAGUAGCAUGCAUACGCUGUGGUGCGCAUACUGUGCAGCUAGUGGUCUCCGAUGUGUGCAAAGACGAGGUUCAUCAAAGGAAUAUCAAAGCUAUCACCAAGAUAGUUGUGGCGUUUCAUAACACCAAGUACAAAAAUUUUUUCGAGGUUUCUGGUGGAAAAUAUCCGUCUAUUCCUGGUCCAACAAGAUGGAAUUCGAACUUUCUUAUGCAACAAAGCCUACUGAACAGCAAGGAUUUCUUCGAAAGGCUUGGUUGUGAAUAUGCCGAACUGGAUCUAACAACAUACUGGGAAUUCAUUGGAUCAUUUGUGACGGCGUUCGAACCACUAUAUGAUUGCACUUUGGCAAUCCAAAAAGAAACAUGUACCCUCAGCGACUUUUUUGGCUUUUGGAUGACUGCAUUUGGAAGAGUAGCGGCGCUGGAAACCAAUAUUUUCAGAGCAACAAUCCUGGCAUCAAUGGAAAUUCGAGAAAAAGCCUUGUUCGACAAUUAUCCUUUUCAAGUAGCGGUGUAUAUGGAUCCUCGAUUUUCAUUUUAUGGAUCGAAAAUAUUUUCGUGUUCACAGAAAGAACGCAUAAUUGACUACCUGCUUGCGCUCCACAAAAAGAUCAACAGAACCACACGUCAGGAAUCAUCAACCCCUCCGCCGGCGGAAGAAGCUGUGCCAUCAUCAUCGCAAGGAAGGUUUAGCUUAAACAGCUACCUAUCUGCACGACUCGGAGAAACUUCAGCAACCACUCCGCAAACGAGCACGUGGGAAAUGAAAUUGAGGAACGUGCAAUAUCAACAACGGGUGGAUGCUGAUGUUCCGAAUUUCAAUAUCGUGCAAUACUGGGCACAAAGGCGCUUCGAAGAUCCUGAACUUUGGCAGUUGGCCAAGGUCGUGUUUGGAGCAGCUUCGACGCAGUGCAGUGUAGAACGCGACUUCAGUCAAUUCAAUAUCAUACUCACAAAACCACGAAACCGAAUGAAGGACGAAAAUCUGGAAAACGUCUUGAAGAUAAAGGCGAACAAAGGUAUAUUCCAAAGGGCCCUCACGUUGGCCAUAAACGAAUGAUUUAAGAGAUUCAUU